CCUCGUGUCACCCCUCCUCUUCCGCACUCUGCCAUUGGUGAUAUAGCACAGUCAGGUCUGCCUCGAGUCUCCGUUUAUUUGCAAUAAACGUCGACAUCCCCCCCCACCAUCAGCUGUCAUGGCGUCAUCCGCGCCCCCAAGCAAUGGCUCAAGCCGCAGCAGCCUGAAUCCCUUUGCAAAGCGCGAUGAACAUUCCUCCCAGGCUAUACUCCUUUACAAAAUCACUACAUCGCUCAGCUACCUCCUCCUCGUCAUAACAACCUUCUACUACACGUUCCAUGCCCCCAGUGGCCACGGCGCCCACCGCUUCUGGCAGAACAAUAUCCCCACGCCAUUUGCACAGAGUAGCCUCUUCACGUCAAUAUACUGGCUGAUUCUGUUUGCCGUGCAGCUCGUGUAUGCUUACGCCCUGUACAUGAGCGACACGGUGUACGUGACCGCAGCAGCAAACAUUGGCUCUCAUUUUAUUGCAAACAACCUGCUACUCUUUGGAUUUGUCAAUCUCUUUGUCCGCAGCCACUUCUGGCUCGCAGAGGUGCUGCUCGUCAUCAAUUUUUUCAAUCUGGCCUUUGCCUACUUUCGACACAGCACCACGCCCCGCGCCAUCCACAUUGGCAUCGUCAGCGGCCCGCUUGCAUGGAACUUUGUCGCCCUCGACUGGUGCGGUGCCAUUGCCCUGCACACAAAUCAUGAGGCUUUCCGCAUUGUUUGCAAUCUCUUCAUCUGGGGCUGGCUUGCCUUUGGCCUGUUCUUCCUUGUAGCCUACAAGGACUACACCAUGGGAUUUGCCCUAUCGCUUCUGGCGUUUUCAACGGGAGUGGGUCAGUUUCUCACUCGCCCACAUAUUCUGCAAUUGCAGUGGAUCUUUGCUUUUACUAUUGGUGGUCUCUUGUUCGUGCUCAGUCUUGCUGUCGGCGUGCCGGGUCUGCUGGGUCGUGAUCCUUUCCCACGCGGCCACGUGGUCAGCGAGGAUAGGGAGAGGGCACCACUACUGGCUGAUGACUGAGGAGCAGACAAAGGCGGGGUUCAUGGCUGUUGAGCAUGAUAAUGAUAGCCUUGGGUGUGCUUCCUUUCAGAUAAGGUGUACGUUUGAGGCGGUGGUUUGAGUCAUACUA